AUGGACUCGUACAAUGCUAAUGCCACGACGCCAGAAACGCAUCUCGGCGGUACUUACCCGUGGCGCACCAACUUGUACUCUCAGUGCGGCACACUCCUGUCGCACAGCGAGCACAUUCGAGUGGUGGACAAGCUUGGUCUCGACUUUUCUCCAGAGUUGAAGAUCCCUCAAGUGGCGAUGCCUUUUGAUGGCAACUACACGCAGGACCUCUUUGCUCAACAGUUUGUGGACGACUACAAAAUUGCCGGUAUCGACUUUAAGCGCAUUUGGCCUCAGUCCUUCCUCUAUUCUGACAUCAAAUAUUGGCUGGACAAUGAGCCUAAAUUUGCCAAGCAGGCUCUGUACUUGGACUACGGGACAGCGGCGAGUCUUGCUAGCUACAAGGCGGACGGAGUCAACUACGUCUCCCCACCAAUCAACUAUCUUCUGACUGUCGCGAAUGGUACAAUUGUCCCCUCAGAGUACGCCAACACGGCGAAUAAGCUGGGUCUCGGUAUCAUCGGGUGGUCCAUGGAGCGCUCUCCGCCUCUUGCCACUGUUGACAGCGUUCAAGACUCCUUUUAUGGAACGUUUUCUAGUGUCAUUAAGCGCGACGGUGACCUCUUCACAGUUAUUGAUGUCCUUGCCAGACAAGUUGGCGUCAAGAAGCUUUUCUCUGACUGGGCAGGGACAACGACGUUUUAUGCCAACUGUAUGGGUCUUUAA